AUGCCUUUUCCGGCAACUCCAUCACCAUUUCGCCUCUCUCGCCGCAACCCAUCCACGCGUCGCAGUGGGCCUCAAUUCGCGCCCACACCUCGGUUUCUGCUGUCACAAAGCAUAGCACAGAAGGAAGAUGAUGAUCUUGACGUGAUAGAUGACGAUGGGCCAUCUUCAACGCGUAAAGUCGCGCGUAACCCGCAUGCUACCGAGAGUGCCACCCGCGCGCGCCAACAACGCGACGCGAUCGAGGACUCUGAUGAUGCCGCAGAUAUCGGGGAUAUACGAAUCGGAUGGGGAGACGUGGAUAAACUACCAGAUGAUGCCAUAGACAGCACUCCUCCUGAAGAACCAGAGACUCUAGGCAUCCUAGACGCUGAGUUCGACGCACUGUUUGCACCGGUCAGAGAUGGGAAUAAACGGCGUCGUGUAGAGAGCGCGACGCCCUUCAAUAGCAAUCUCGCACAGAUUGAUCCAAUAUUGUCAUCACCACCUGAAACCGCAAAUACCCCAGCUAAUCCCAUCGACCUGCCCGAUAAAAGCGGGCAAAACACUACGACAUGGGAUAUGGGUACCCAGAGAACUCCCGCACCAAGUGCUCGUCCAUUCGCAUCAGCUGCAUCAACGCCAGGCAAUAUGAGAACACCAUUCCGCAGUCGUCCUCGGUUUAUGCUUUCCUCAACAGCGAAGCCUCCCAGCAGCCAGUCCGCACCCAAAUUCAAACCAGACACACCAGGCAUAUCGCCGCCUGAGAGACGGAAACCGGCUUUUAUUUUGCCUCGCUCCCCGUCGCCAAAUCUGGAUGCAGAGGAUAUCCCUGCACCGUUCUCUCCCUCCUCGCGCACACUGCAUCGCCGUGGUCGAAACCGAGCCGGUGUGUCCAAUUAUAUCCCUGGCGGAAUGGCCGCCGAGGUACGCGGCUGGGUCUUGGAAAUGGGGACAAAACGUGGCCAGUUGCCGAAACCCCCUUUAGCUCAAGCCCCAGACUCGCAGGCGGCAGAUGCCUCGCUGGAAAAGCUGAAUGCGUAUCUCCUAACUGCGCGUGUCGUUCACGUCAGUCAAUCAGCCCUGAGCGGAUGUGGCUCUCUCGCCUUUCUUCAAGCAGAAGUGCUUACUGGGAAUCAUGUGCAAGGGAGAAAUCCUGAUUCUGCCUUGAACCUCAUGAUUAUGGGACCUUCACGAUCUAAAUCCGCUGUUCGUCCAGUUCACUCGCAUUCUGAUGCCACUAUAACACCCGAUCUUCGGAAAGGGGACGUAGUGGGGAUUCACAGAGGGCUCAACUGGGGUUUAGAGUUUGGAAAUCACUUCUGCGAACAUCAAACACCUGGUAAAGUAUCUGGCCACGUGUCGGAGCGUGGUUCGGCUGAAAAUGGCGGACACCCAGAGACAAAAGAGGGCUGGCUCAUAGCCAUGGAAUGGGAUCUCGUUGAAACAGCUUCAUGA